AUGCACGCGGCGCUUUGCGCCGUAGUGCUCGUGCUCCUCUUGGCCUUUCCCCUGAUGGAGUUCCUGGUCUUGGUCAUAGGCACAGUAGCCACUGCCAUCGGGAGAGGUGUCAGAUGGAAGGCAGUCCUGUUUUGGACCUAUUGGCCCUUCUGGAAGCUCGUCCUCUGCGUGGCCGCUGCCAUUGGCGGCAAGAUGCUGGGAGACUUCCUUUGGAACGGAUCUUAUCUUCCAGCUGCGCAGAUUGGUCGGAUGCAGGUGUACCAUGACAUCAACCCGAUCAAUGCCAGUGGUAUCCGCCUCCAGGAUGCUGGAGUCGUGACCUUCGAUGGAUUGACGGGCGUGAACCGGAUGAUGACCGGGUGCUUGGUGGAUGGCCCCACCUACUGCAUCGCCGCCAUUGUGCCGGUGGUGGAGAAGGACGGGCUCCGUACGCCGGCCAACAUGUCGCAGUACGACCUGUUCAUGGCCGGAACCGACUGCUGCGACUGUCCUGGGGAGUUCCGUUGUGGUGACUGGAACAACCCUGGUAAGAGUCUAGGUGCCGCGCUCAGGAUGGCAGCUCGAUGGCUUCUGUGCUUUGGCCUGGUGGCUGUGGAUGCUACACUGCGCGGCUCGAACAACACGCGAGCUCCGGAGGUCCAGGCUGCGUUCCAUGUGUCAUACGGCGCGUCUCCCCGCUUCUGCCUGUCCAGCGACGGGAACAUCGGCGACGGCGUCAAGUUGCACCUCUGGGAGUGUGACAGCAGCUGGUCGAGUGUGGGCCAGAACUUUCAUUUGGACGAGGCGCGCAGGCUCCGGAGCACUGCUGAUCCGGCGUACUGCGUGGUCAUCGACGGCGACAAGAACGUGAACUUCGCCAAGAUCCACCUCUGGAAAUGCGAUGAAGCCAACGAGAAUCAGCGGUGGAGCGUGCCUUCUCAAGGCCAGAUCCGAUCCAAGCAGAAUUCCGACAUGUGUCUGGCAGUAGAGGGCAAUCACUCCUUCAACGGUGCAAAGAUCCAACUUUGGUCCUGCGCGACUGUGCGAACGGAGGAUGCCUUUCUGCAGGGCUGGGUGAUUCGUGCUCCUUCGGGCCGUGGCUACGCCACUCCGCGGGAGGACCACGCCUGCGAGGCGCCGUUCGUGGCCAUCGAGCCGGAGAACUGCGUCGAGGCCGCGGAAACGAUGCAGCCGCGGCAGGUCUGCCGGGGCUCGUGGACGGAGGUCUUCUUUGAGAAGGAGCAGCCCGCUUGGCCCCUGGGUUGCAUGUUCUUCGGCGCCUGCCGUGGGGGCUGCGGCCUUCGAUACAACUGGGGCACAGCCUCCAGGAAUCCGGACCAGGGGAACUGCCUGUCCACCACUAUGCUUUGCCAGUUCCAAUGA